GACUAAAUGGCGAGCAAAUGGACUGUUUGAAGCACUGGGUUUGAUCGCCUGAGAGGAGGGACUCUGCUGAGGAUAGCCCACAGGGAAUCUGUUGGGUAUCUCUAUCAUCUCACUCUUCCCUGAUAUGGAACAAAGUGAAGGUGAACAGGAAUCCCAGCCAGAGAGUCAGGUGGAUAGCAAGAGCAGCGUGAAAUCCUUGCCUGGAGGAGAAGCCCAUGUCAAACUAGAGAUAAAAAAACAUGCAGUUACGGAUGACUACAAACUCUCCAAACGGGUGCUAGGGUUAGGAAUCAAUGGCAAAGUACUGGAGUGUUUCAACAAGGAGACCGGCCAGAAAUGUGCUUUGAAGCUCCUGUAUGACAACCCCAAAGCCCGACAGGAAGUAGAAUACCAUUGGCGAGCAUCAGGAUGUCCCCACAUUGUCCAUGUCCUGGAUGUUUAUGAGAAUAUACAUCAUGGAAAGAGAUGCCUCCUCAUUGUCAUGGAAUGCAUGGAGGGAGGAGAGCUGUUCAGCAGGAUCCAGGAGAGAGGAGACCAAGCUUUCACUGAGAGAGAGGCCUCUGAAAUAAUGAGAGACAUCGGAACAGCCAUCCAGUAUCUGCAUUCAAUGAACAUUGCCCAUAGAGAUGUCAAGCCUGAAAACUUGCUUUACACGUCUAAAGAGAAGGACACUGUACUCAAACUCACAGACUUCGGCUUUGCCAAAGAAACCACUGUACAAAACGCGCUGCAGACCCCCUGCUACACUCCUUAUUACGUGGCCCCAGAAGUCCUUGGUCCUGAGAAGUAUGACAAAUCAUGUGACAUGUGGUCGUUGGGUGUCAUCACAUACAUUCUCCUGUGUGGGUUCCCUCCGUUCUACUCAAACACUGGUCAAGCCAUUUCUCCAGGGAUGAAGAGAAGAAUUCGGAUGGGGCAAUAUGGGUUUCCCAAUCCAGAGUGGGCUGAAGUCUCAGAGGAAGCCAAACAACUGAUUCGCCAUUUACUGAAGACGGACCCAACGGAGAGGAUGACAGUUUCUCAGUUUAUGAAUCACCCUUGGAUUAAUAGAUCGAUGGCAGUGCCACCAACUCCUCUCCAUACUGCACGGGUCCUGCAAGAGGAUAAAGACCACUGGGAUGAAGUUAAAGAGGAGAUGACCAGCGCUUUGGCGACCAUGAGGGUGGACUAUGAUCAGGUGAAAAUCAAAGACUUGAAAACGUCCAACAACCGCCUCCUGAACAAACGCCGUAAGAAGCAGAAGCAGGCAGGCACCUCUUCUGCAGCCCCGGGGUGCAAUAACCAAUGAGAAGAGAAGCCAAGGACCUGUGGGUGGAGGGUAAAAAUUAAAAGGAACAAUUUAAAAAUCAGUGCGCUCAACUCAGUCCGUACCACAAAGGCAGUGAGACUGUGAAGAACCUGUCCCACAAAGAGGGAGCAGUGUGAAAGAUUACAUUUUUGUAACUUGAAUCGAGGCUUUGCUUUUAAAGGUUAAUGUGUAUGACAUGAUUCUGUUGCAUAUUGCUGGGGAAGGUACAGUAAUACCAGAAAUGUUACGGGUUUUUGUUUUGGCCUUAAGUGUAUGGGACGAGAGGAGGGAACAGGAGGCCGUCUCAGCAUACUAAUGCACUCAGGCUUUAACAGCCAUCUGCAGGAGUAGCUUUUGCCACCGUUUUAAACUUGGGAGUAGAAAAAAUGCCAAAUGUUCUGUUGGUAGUGUUUUAGUAGCUCAAUCAUGAGUACUGAGAAAGGAGAAAAAUGUCACUGCUCUUUAUGUGAGUAGCACAGGUGCCGUUCUAUUACAGAUACAUCUGGACAGCAUUUCAUGUUAGAAUUGGUAAUAAUCAAUAUUUCCAAACUUACCUCCUGUAGUUACAGAAUGUCACCUAAACAGUACACAGUUAUUCCUGUUAGAGAAAAAAAAGCAUCCACGCAUUUCCAUUAAAGUCUUCAUGUAGUCUCAUGUGAAGAUUUGAGUUUGUUAUAGAUUCUCAUUUAAUAACAUGUAAGUUUUCUAAACUGUAACCAUUACAUCAUGUCUAUGCCACUGUCAGAUCCCUCUCUUGCAAUGUUUUUAAUUUAAGUAGUAUUUUAUGUGACGAGUUUUAAUAAGGAUUUAAUUAGUUGAAAGUAUCCCACAGAGAAUAUUGCUGUUCCUCUUGGAUCCAUGACUUCUAGGGUGUACAGCUGGACAUGCAGUUGUGUACAAGAGCCUGCUCUAGAAGAGAGACUUCUGAAAUUCAGGAAGAAGUGAUAAAUGCGUAUUGUCUGAAUGGACCCUGAUGUCUGCCAACAUCCCUUCUGUGAUGCAGGCAAAAAACUACUUUGUGGUGGGUGCACAGAGUACUGGUGUGUCCGUGGGCUCGGAAGGAUGUUAAAAGACAAAAAGGAAAACAAGGCUUCAGAGAGGAUCUGAAUCAUCAAAUCUGACUGUCACAUAGACCUUGUUCCGUCCAACAGAGAUCAGCUCGAGGCUUUGGACCUUGUCUGGGGAGCCCUGAUCCCAUCUUCACAGUGUUGGAUGAGAGACCUCCAUUCUUCUUUGUGAACUGGUCCUAGGGUUUUAUGAACUGCUUUUAAUAAAUCGUGUUACGACAUUCCUUC